AUGGCCCCCAAAACAGUCUGCAUCGUCGGCGCCGGACCCUCGGGUCUCGUAGCCGCCAAGACCCUUCUCCAUCACGCCUCCGGCUCCGGCCCCGGCUUCUCUGUCACUGUGUAUGACGCCCAACCCAGGAUCGGUGGCCUCUGGCCCGUCGAGAAGUCGGAUGGCGCUGGUCUCGUGCACCCACUCAUGAUCCUCAACCAGAGCAGAAACACUGUGCAGUUCAGCGAUCUGGCCUGGGACAGCAAUGCGCCGCAGCUCCCGAGGGCUUGGCAGGUGGGGAGGUAUCUGCAGAAGUACUUGAGAAAGUACUGCGCCUUCGAGGAGGAUAGAUUCCGCUUGAGGCUUGGCUGGAGGGUAGAGAAGACUCUGCCUGUUGAUGACCAGUCUGGGAGGAGAUGGCGGGUGACGGCAAAAUCGGAGGAAGGAGUCGUGGACGAGGGCGAGUACGACUACUUGCUCAUCGCUUCCGGCUUCUUUGGGAAACCAGCUUUGCCCGAAGUUCCAGGUUUGAAGGAUUCUCACGGAAUCCCAGUGGUGCACAGUAGUCAGUAUCGUGACCUGGAAACCUUGCUGCCGAAUGCGGCUGGGAACGGCGGCAAGAUACUCAUCGUUGGUGGGCAAAUGUCGGGUGUGGAGAUCGCUGGGACCAUCGCCUCUCAUCUCUCCUUUGCCGCCAACUCGCCUGGUCCAAACAGGCUACCUGGCGUAGAGAAAUGCAAGAUACACCACGUCAUUCAACGACCGACGUGGGUGUUUCCGCUGUUCACUUCUCCCGUCGCUGGCAGUCCUGCAGCCCCAUUCCUACCACUCGACCUGCCAUCCUACAACUUGGCCAACCGGCCACAACCACUCACCAACUCACAGGGCCAUAUCAGCGUGGAAGCGGCUCAAAUAGUCAACGGGAUCUAUAAGAACGUUCUUGGAACCGAUCAGUCGGAAUUCUCACCGCUCCUCGCCCCAAGAGAUGAAGACCUCAACAAGCCGCCCUAUCUCACUGUCAGCGACUGGUACAUGGACUUUGUGCGCUCAGGUCUGAUUGAGCUUUCUCAAGGCAAGCUUUCUUCAGUCUCUGGGUCUAGCGCUACUGUCUCCUCCGCCUCCUCGGCCAGCGAGUCCACAAGCGUGACCGAUAUUGCCGCUAUCGUCCUGGCCACAGGCUUCGAAGCCGCCCCCUCAAUCUCCUUCCUCCCAACUGAGAUCCAACAGACCCUUGCAGUCGAUCCCUCCAACCUCGACAACACCGUCCUCCUUGCCUUCCAUGGAACCCACCACCCCAACGUCCCGAACCUGGGCUUCGUCGGCUUCUACCGCAGCCCAUACUGGGGCGUGAUGGAGAUGCAAGCGCGCUUCCUCACCGAGCUAUGGGCCCAGCAGCAACAACCAGGCGGGCAGCUGAGCCCCUCAAUGCAGCACGCCCUCGCUACCGACACGUCCAUCCCCCGCUUCGCCGCCCUCCGCACCGACACCCGCGUGUCGCAGUUCCCGAUGGGCGACUACGCCUUCCUCAUGCAGGAGUUCGCCUCAGCGCUGGACCUAGGCAUUUUCAUGACGGUGGGCGAGACGCCGCCGCUGCCGCCCACGGGCCUGCCGAUGGACAUCCUCACGCCGGCGCGGUACGCGUCCAAGGGCCUGACGGCCGCGCAGCACGCCGAGCUGGACCGCAGCCUGCGCCAGACUAACGAGACGGCGGUCGCGGGGCUGACGCGCGGCAGAUUCGUCGCGCGCGCCGUGUUCCGUUCGCUCCUGGGCGAGUGGCAGCUCGAGCGCGACCUUGUCUCCAAGCUGCCUAGCCACCCCAGCGGCCACUGGAGCGGCACGGCGAGGUUCCUCCUUCGGCAGGGCACCACGGACGGGAAUAGAUGUGCUACCAAUGGGGUUACCAAUGGGAAGUCGGCUGAUCAUGAUGACGAAGAUGAUCAUUCCGAUGAUCCGGGCUUGGAGUAUCUGUACAUCGAAGAGGGCAACUUCACCGCCACCAACGGGAUGACUUUCCGCGCGACUAGGAGGUACAUCUGGCGAUACGACGAGAAGACAGACAAGCUGAGCGUGUGGUUUGCGCGCACAGGAGACAAGUUCGCCAGAAACGAUCCGCAGCGAGAGGAAGAGCAGAUGAGGGCGGACUACCUGUUCCACGAGAUCGAGUUCAUCGUCCCCGAGGGCCAUGAGCAGGGCGACUAUAGCAGCGAGAAGGGCUGGCAGGCGAAAUCAGACCAUCUUUGUAUCGACGACUUUUACGACGUCAAGUACGAGUUCUCGUUCAACGCUGUCAAUCUGAAGGAGUGGAAGCUUGGAUACACGGUCAAUGGGCCGCAGAAAGAUUAUACCAUCGAUGGGACGUAUAGACGUAAAUCUGCAAGUUGA